AUGUCUUCUUUAAAACGAGAAAAGGCAAUUCGUCAUUUUUAUAAUACGAGUGCCAAGUCGAUGUUAGAUGAGAAUAAUCAAAAUCAUAAUAACCUUCCAACUAUAACUUUAGAAAUUUUUACUGAAAAUAAUCAUCAUGUCAAACAAUCUUCCGUCAUUGAAGAAAUUCCUGCAACAAUUAUCCCUAAAAUUGAACCUGAAACGACUUUUCCGCACAAUGAAGUUAUUGUACCAAAUCUUGUCGUUGAGAGAAUUAUCGAUGUAACGACAGCAGCUCCUUUUGAUCUCUCACACGCCUCAAAAUUUAUUCCAAAUCCCGUUCAAACGUCUCAAAAAAUUCCUUUCGAGCCAAAGAACAAACAAGAGCUUUUAGAGUACAUGAUUCAACACGACGGCUCCGUUUUAUGCAAAAUUUGCGGCGCAAUUUUACAAAGUCGCACACAUUGGUAUCGUCACAAGUAUAAGGUGCAUGUAGCAAAUGCUUCUCCAACGCCACUUUUUCAAUGCGAGUACUGCAAUGUCUUCUUCAAAUCGAGAAAAGGUUAUAUUGGGCACGUUACAAGUCGUCAUUCCGACCCUGAAAUGCAAGAAGGAGUAAUUGUAAAGCUGGAAAAUGUUGAAAAAAGACCAGAAAAUGUCGAUGAAACGCGAGGUCAACGCAAAAUUAGAAAAGAUCAAAAUGGCGGGAAACAUAAAACAUAUGAUCCAACAAUCGCCAAAAUUGAUGAGCAACGUGAACGCGAAGAGCGUCUCGUAGCCGACAUCAUUAAUCGAGUAAGACAGGAAUGUGCUCAAGAUCGUCUUUCCAACAAUGGAGAUAGAAGAGGUUACAAAAAUUACAAACGUCAGUCGAGUACGAGUCUCAAUUAA